AUGGCGCUCCUCGACGAGGCGUUCGCCUUGGACACGGCACCGCAUGCGUUGCCUGCCGUGAGGCUCGCCUCAAGGUGUGGGCGGCCAAGACGCGACGUCACUGAGCGAGGUGCGCCAUCGGCGCUUGCGUCAGCUGUCACCGCUUUGAUGGCGGGCGUUGCGGCAAAGAGGCGGAAGGACGCCGCAAGGGCCACGGCCAUGAGGGCCAGAGCUGCGGCGGCCUUGGACGAGCCACUCUUCAGCGAGGAGGCCUGGUCGGACGACGUUCCCAGUGAGCUGAGGGUACAGGACCUGGAGGUCGGGCAGGAGCUCGUGGGCAUCGUGGUGAAGGUGUUGGAGGAGCUGCGGGCUCAUCUUUCUUGGCCUCGAGGCGAUAUGGGAGGUUAUGAGUUGGGGUGGCUUGUGGGGAAGCUGGUGAAGGUGGUUAAGUUGGGCCAAGUUGCCGAAGCAUGCGUGCGUUCCGCGGCUUUGUGCGUGCUGCGGGCUGGCGCGGAUGCUAAGCUUCUCAGAACCAAGGCUCGUUCAUCGGUCGAGGAUCUCAAAGGGCUACGUCCCGUUGAUUUCAGACGCCGCUUGGAUCUACUGGGCAUCCCUGUAAGCCUGUGA